AUGGAUUAUUCCUAUAUGGUUAAAAAUCCAAGCGACUUUGGCUAUCCACCGAACACAAUUCCCAGAGGAAUAACUUUGGAUGAUUUAAUGAAAUCUAAUCAAUUUCUUAAGUCUUUUCCAAAAACUUUUUCUAUUGCCAAUCCUAGUCCAAAUGCAUUAACAGAGUCAAAGAAAUAUAAGAAAUUACUCGAUUUUGUUAAUGUGCAUAAAGACAAACCAAAUCUUCAACAACUUUUAGUUCCAGUUUUUUGUACAUCAGUUAUGGCAUUAAAAGAGAAAGGAAAUGUUGACGAACUUAACGCAUUUGUUGAAGACUUCAAAGAUCAAAUACCAAAUUCACGACAACCAGCUGUUAAUAGAUUUUUAAAGGAUGAAAAAGUAUUUACACAUAAUGCAUGCCUAUUUUCAACACAGAAUAUGAAUAUAGAAGUUACCUAUGAAGAAGCAGAGUUAAUUAAAAACUUUAUCAAUAUUCAAGAAAAUUCCGACUUAAGAAGACAAAUUACAUCUCAUGUAGAGCUUAUUCCUAAGUAUGAAGUUGUUCCUAGCCAUACAAUUGACAUGAAAUUCUCUCCUCCUUCAGUAAUUAAAGAUAUCACAAUUUUACAAACAACUAUUCCAAAUGCAACACAAGCUGUUGUUUCUGAUUACUCAACAGAUGUUUUUGCAGCAUUUGGAAAUAAUCAAGUCAUGAGAUUCAACGGAAAAGAAAGAUCAUCUCAAAUUUUACGAAAUCAUUCAUCAUCAGUUACCUCAUUAUCACUUUCUUCUACCGGAUCUCUACUUCUUUCCACCGAUAUCGAAGGAAAUUACAGCGUUUGGAGCCAAAAUGGCUCUGAAAAUGGUUAUUUAACAAUGUCAAGUAUCUGGUGUUCAUGUUUUGCACCUCAAGGAGGCAUUUUCGGUAUCGGAAGUGAUCAAUGCGCAUUUCUAUACGAUGCUAGUCGCAAUAAAAUGUUCAGAUCCUUAGUUGGCCACUUGAAUUCGAUUUCAUCCAUAAAAUUCCACCCGAAUUGCGCAUUAGUCGGCACUACUUCGUCUGAUGGAACAGCAAGGAUAUGGGAUGUGAGGACAGGAAUGACUCAAAGGCUGUUUUUGAACAAAGAUCAAAUCGAAAUCCCGAGAAGGUUCACGAAUAUUGCGUUUUCUGAUAAUGGACAGUUCGUCGCUUACUACAAUGGUAAUGUUUGCGUUGCAAAUAUCGGCUCAAACGCAAUUAUCGCCGAUCAACCUGUAGGAAUCCAGAAAAUUAAGUCAAUUCAGUUCAGCCAGGACUCAAAUUCUGUCUUCAUCGUAGAAACAAAUGGAGAAAUCCAAGUUUUGACUUUUAAUUCUGGAGAUCUUGUUUUAAAGGAUGUUAUGAACCUUUCUGCUAAUGUCAUUGACGCAAAGAGGAACACUAUGAACGAACUUAAUGUUUUAGUAUCUUAUGACUUGUAA